UGGAUAACGCCCGGCGACCAGCUUGAGGCCACUCUCUCUCUCUCGAUCGACAUCGAUGGGCCUACUCGACAAGCUUUGGGACGACACCCUCGCCGGCCCCCGCCCCGAUUCCGGCCUCAGCCGCCUCCGCAAGCCGCCCUCCUUCUGCUUCUCCUCCUCCUCUUCCUCCUCCCCCGGCGUCGUUUCACCCGUAGGGGCGGCGACGCCUACCGCAGCCGCGGCGGCGGCGGCUGCGGUAAGAGCGGGCAACGGCGGGGAGGGCAUAAGUGUAAUUACCGGCCCACAGACGGGGGAGGAGACGAGAGUGACGCGGAGCAUUAUGAUAAAGAGGCCUCCCGGGUGGUCGUCGCCUGGGAGCGGCACUCCGCCGUCGUCUCCUGCGAGCUCCACCCCUCCCCCCUCUCCCUUCGCCGGAGCCGGAGGCGCGCAGCGGUUCAGGAGGAAGUCAAUGUCGGACUCGAUGGAGAGGAGGAGAUCGCCAUCGGAGCUGCCGGUGGCUGAUUCCAGUUCUUCUUCCACUUAUCCUCCCUUCGAUGUGUAAUAAAUAAAUAAAAUAAAAUAAAAUAAAAAUAUAGAUAGUGGAUCUUGAUCUCCUCCUAGAAUCUGCAGUAGUGUGCGUAGCUGGUGAUCGUGUGUGUGUGUGUGUGUGGAUGUAGAAGAGGUUGACGUCGUCUGUAAUAUUGUUUUUUUUGGUGUAUCAUGAUAUGACCUUGUUUGUGUGCUA